GUAUCAUUUGAUCGCAAAACUGAAUCCAAAUUUAAUUUUCUCUCGCUUUCUCCCCUAUAUUAACAUUAACAUCAAUCUCUCUUUCUCUACUUCUAUUUGACCAUCUCUAACUAAUUUCAAAAGAAAAAGAAAAUAGAACCGAGCCAGCACAUGACCUUGAUGAGAUCCGGAUCGAAUUGAAAAGAGGAAGAGAAAGAAGAGAAAGAAGAUGAGUGAGAGCCAGAGGUUCCAGCUUGGAACUGUUGGUGCUUUGAGUUUAUCUGUGGUUUCUUCUGUCUCUAUCGUUAUUUGCAAUAAAGCCCUCAUUAGUACCCUCGGUUUCACUUUCGCGACAACAUUGACAAGCUGGCAUCUGCUGGUGACAUUUUGUUCACUUCAUGUGGCAUUAUGGAUGAAAAUGUUUGAACACAAGCCUUUUGAUGCAAGAGCUGUUAUGGGAUUUGGCAUUUUAAAUGGAAUUUCCAUUGGCCUUUUGAAUCUUAGCUUGGGUUUCAAUUCUGUUGGUUUCUACCAGAUGACAAAAUUGGCGAUUAUCCCAUGUACUGUUCUUUUGGAGACACUUUUCUUCAGGAAGAAAUUCAGUCGGAAUAUCCAGUUUUCAUUGACAAUCCUUCUCCUGGGUGUUGGCAUUGCAACUGUGACUGAUCUUCAGCUUAAUGUCCUCGGCUCUGUCUUGUCUCUUCUCGCUGUUGUUACAACCUGCAUUGCCCAGAUUAUGACCAAUACCAUCCAGAAGAAAUUCAAAGUCUCUUCUACUCAACUUUUAUAUCAGUCAUGCCCCUAUCAGGCGAUAACUUUGUUCAUAAUUGGACCAUUUCUGGAUGGAUUAUUGACUAAUCUAAAUGUUUUUGCUUUCAAGUACACCCCUCAAGUGCUGUUCUUCAUUGUUCUGUCGUGCCUGAUAUCUGUCUCUGUGAACUUCAGUACAUUUCUGGUAAUUGGAAAGACAUCUCCCGUUACUUAUCAGGUCCUAGGCCAUUUGAAAACAUGCCUAGUUUUGGCCUUUGGCUAUGUUCUGCUUCGCGACCCUUUUAGUUGGCGCAACAUUUUAGGGAUCCUUAUUGCAGUUAUUGGUAUGGUACUAUAUUCUUAUUGUUGCAGUGUUGAGAACCAGCAGAAGGCUAGUGAAACAUCAGUGAAAUUACCAGAGGUCAAGGAAGGUGAAUCUGAUCCUUUGAUUGGUGUGGAAAAUGGAAGCGGGAUUUUAGCUGAUGGUGUUGUGCCAAAAGCUCCUGUAUGGAAUUCAAACAAGGAUCUUCACGCAUAAAGACCCCAGAUUGUAUGAAUUCAUUGACCCUAGAUAUAUUAGUUGGUUAAACUGUUUCAGCGAUGAAGAUGUUGCUGGCAUAGGGUCCGUGUAUCGCAUAGCUAAUCGGUAUUCUGAGAUUAUUACUUAUUUUACAUUAGAUUAAAAGUUGGAAGGAAAUUAUCCUCUUAUAUAUAGCAUUUUUGGUUACUAGUUUUGUAUGAAUCAGGCAUGGCAACGGGACAAUACCAGAAUUUUAUUCGUUAAAUGUAUACCUUUUUGUUCCAAAA